AUGGGGCAUAAAGCUUACAGCGAUAUCGCCAAGAAGAAUCCUGCUUGGAUGACUCAGAUGGAAGUCGACGGGACCGCCGAUCCACAAUCGGUGGAUAUCAUGCUGAAGAUGUUCAGUGACAAGGCCAUCAGUCUACUAAAGGCAGAAGGACAUGAAGCGACAGCAAGAAUGGCAGAGGCUAUGUCUGGCCUGCACAAAGCAUUCGAUGAAAGAGUGCUGAAAGUUUCAGAGAGGAUACGUCUCGUUCACGAGGGUCGAUGGCUAUUGGAAGGCAUCGACUGGACCAAUGUCAGCCACAAAUAUGUCAAGGGACUAUCCUUUGUAAUAUUUGAAGGCUUCAUAGUUGCAAUUGAUACUCAUCUGCAAGUAAAGCAGUAUGUGAGGGAUAAGAAUCAAGCGCUGGGAGGAGAGCUUCGCAAGGAGAAGGAGGAGGAGCAGCUUCGCAAGAAGGAGGAGGACGAGCUUCGUAAGGAGAAGGAGGAGCAGCUUCGCAAGAAGGAGGAGGAGCUUCGCAAGGAGAAGAAUGAGCAGCUUCGCAAGGAGAAGGAGGAGCAGCUGCGCAAGGAGAAGGAGGAGCAGCUGCGCAAGAAGGAGGAGGAGCAGCUGCGCAAGAAGGAGGAGGAGCAGCUGCGCAAGAAGGAGGAGCAGCUUCGCAAGGAGAAGGAGGAGGCCCAGCUUCGCAAGAAGGAGGAGGAGCAGCUUCGCAAGGAGAAGGAGCAGCUCCGCAAGGAGAAUGAGGAGGAGCUUCGCAAAAAGGAGGAGCAGCUUCGCAAGAAGGAGGAGCAGCUUUUCGCAAGGAGGAGGAGCAGCUUCGCAAGGAGAAGGAGGAGCAGCUUCGCAAGAAGGUGGAGCAGCUUCGCAAGAAGGAGGCCCAGCUUUGCAAGGAGAACCUGGUUUUGA